AUGAGUGUGGAAAAAAUUUGUACAAAGAAAACAAAGUUUUCAUUUUUAAAGAAAAUCUUGAUACGAUGGUUUUUUGGUGUGAUUUUAGUUGUUACUUCAUUGAUUAUAUUAGCACCAGUAUUACUUCGUUCGUAUGGAGAUUUGAUUUUAACAAAAAUGUUUUUCCAAACUUGGUCUCGGUAUUAUCCAUGGAUUGAUUUGAGCAAACCAGAUUUAUUCAGAUUAAAUGCAGCUAAUGUUUACGAACAAACAGAAGCAAAUGUUACAGUAGGAAUGUGGUAUAUAUUACCAUCAACAGUUAAAAUUGAUCAGAAUUUACCAACACUUGCUGAUCAUCUUAAACAAUAUGUUAAUUCUAAUGAUCUUCCUAUCAUUAUGUAUUUACAUGGUCAAGAUGGUACAAGAGCAACACAUUAUCGAUCGAAUCAUUAUCGAGUCAUGAGCAGUUUUGGUAAUCAUAUAAUUGCACUUGAUUAUCGUGGAUACGGUGAUUCAGUUGGUGUGCCAUCUGUACAUGGUGUUGUUCAUGAUGUAUUACAUGUCUUUAAUGUAAUACGUAAAGUUUGCCCUGAAAAUCCAAUAGUUAUAUGGGGUCAUUCAAUGGGUACCGGUGUUUCGCUAUGGACAAUGAAUAAUAUAUUUCAAAAUCAUACAAAAGUAAAAAAACCAGUUGGUCUUGUUCUUGAAGCACCAUUUUACAAUACAAUAGAAGGACUUGUUUCAUAUCCAUUAACACGAGUAUUAAAAAUCAAUCCAUAUUUUAUGCAAGCUGCUCUUGAUGCGUUAACAACUGCAAAACUCGAUUUUCCAAAUAAUGAAUUGAUAUCAUUUCUACCAUUACCGAUCGUUAUUAUUCAUUCAGAAGAUGAUGCUAUUAUUCCUUAUCAUCAUGCUCAUUUAAUUGAAAAUUAUGUUAAAACUCAUCGCGAUAAAAAUCUACCUCCUAUUCGUCUGAUAACUGUUCCACGUGCAGCACGUUGUGGACACAAUCAUAUUUAUUCCUAUUCAAAAUUCCAAGAAAUUGUUAGUGAUCUUUCAUUUCUUAAACGUUUACCAGUAUCGUAA